AAAACAUUAAUCUCCAUUUUUUUGCAUGGGGAACCGAGAGAUGUUUUUUUAAGAGAACGACAGGUUCUCUUUUAAAUUCAAACUGGCCAUUUUACGCGCAUGAUUCCCAACGGCAGCUCUGCAAGUUUGGUGGUGGAAAAGAGCAGUGUUCAUCUAUGAUCGUUCAUCUAUAGCCAUAGAAGAGCCAACAAGUGCCGAGGGAAAGUUUCAGACAGGUUAAUGCUCCCGCAGGAGGGGUUGAAGAAAGUUGGAUUCAAGUGAAUAAGUGAAGAAGGGAGAAAGCGGAGAUUGAAGGGGCUCCUGCGGGGUGCCUGAGCGAGCGAAGCUGCACCAACACCGAAACGAAGAAGAACCUUGUAGAGAUCGGAGGAGAAGGAAGGCAGGAGAAGGCGCUGCCUCUAGGGUACGGAGCAUGAAACCCUAGCCGCGCUCUCGCUGUUCGCUGCAUACGUUGUUUGUUAGUGUCAGCUGAUUUUUUGCGCGAUCGAGCCUCUCUUUAGUGGCUAGGAGAAGCAGACGGGAUUCUUAGCAAUCAAUGGCGGAGGAGGAAAGAAGGCCCCUCAGCCUUAACGAACGCCUUGCCCAAAGCCUCUCACGCAGUCGAACUACCUCCCAUUGCACUACUGGUAUGACGUCUCCCUUCCACCAGCAAACAAACGAAAAUGAAGGUUCUUUUGUUCCAUCUUUGGAUGCAGAAAUUAGGGUUCGCAAGGUAAAGCUGGAAGGACGCCGUCGCCUCUGCAAACUCUCCUCUAGGACUGACAGCGGGAAACCUGGCAGCAUGUUGUCAUCGGGUUCAUCACCGGGAGAAAAGUCUGAUAUCGGCGGUUGUGAUAACGUCUGGGAUGUCCUCGAUGAUCUCAGCUCACGGUUGGAGACACUCUCUGUUGAGAACCCAAACCGCAAUUUGCUGCCGGCCCCGCACGAAUCAGAAGCUGAAUUCAAAAGUGCAUCCUCUUCGCUUUCUUCGUCUUCAUCCGAUGAAAAGGGAAGCGAGGGAAUUGAGAAAAUUAAAGGGAAAGCUGUGAGGUCUUUGGUUUUAGAGCAAGACGAGAGCAUGCAUAUUAAGGGGGUAAAAGGGAAAGAUGUGGAGCGAUUGGUUCUAGAUGAUGAUAGUGAUAAGGAUGAUUGUGUUGUUUUGGGAAGCGAUGAUAAAUUAAAGUGGGGAGAGAGGGAUGCUACCAUAGAAGAUAUCAAUAUUGAUAGCGAGGAUUCCAUUGGGAUGAAUGGCGCCGGUAGGUGCAGGGCUUCAAGGUACACACUUCCUGGUAAGAUAGCGAAGAUGCUCUAUCCGCACCAAAGGGAGGGUUUAAAGUGGCUUUGGUCUCUCCAUUGUCGUGGGACAGGAGGGAUUUUGGGUGAUGACAUGGGUCUGGGAAAGACCAUGCAGAUUUCUGCUUUUCUUGCUGGACUUCUUCAAUCUACCUUGAUCAAAAGGGUGUUAGUUGUUGCACCAAAGACGCUUCUUAGCCACUGGGUGAAAGAACUAUCGGUUGUUGGGUUGUCUACCAGGAUAAGAGAGUACUCUGGAACUUCCCCAAAAGUGAGAGAAUUUGAACUGCGAAGUGUGUUGAAGGAGGGAGGAAUUCUGCUCACUACAUAUGAUAUUGUCAGAAACAAUUCAAAGGCCAUUAGAGGGGAUUGGUAUAUUGAUGAUGAUAAAGUUGAGGAUGACAUAAUUUGGGAUUACACUAUACUGGAUGAGGGACACAUUAUCAAAAAUCCCCAAACACAGAGGGCAAAAAGUUUAUUUGAGAUACCGAGUGGUCAUCGCAUUAUUAUUAGUGGAACGCCAAUACAGAACAACCUCAAGGAAUUGUGGGCAUUGUUUCACUUCUGUUGUCCUGACAUCUUGGGUGGCAAGGAUGAAUUUAAAAUAAAAUAUGAAAAUCCAGUCCUCCGUGGAAAUGACAAGCAUGCUUCUGAUCGAGAAAAGCGUGUUGGCUCUACUGUUGCAAAGGAAUUAAGAGAGCGCAUAAAGCCAUAUUUCUUACGACGUUUGAAAAGUGAGGUAUUUUUUUCAGUUGAUGCAGCUAACAGUGCAAAGCUUUCUAAGAAGAAUGAGAUAAUUGUUUGGUUAAAGUUGGCAUCAGUUCAGAGGCAACUCUAUGAAGCUUUCCUGAAGAGUGAAAUGGUUCAUUCAUCUGUUAGAGGUUCACCAUUGGCUGCAAUAACGAUUUUAAAGAAAAUAUGUGAUCACCCGUUGCUGCUAACCAAAAGGGCUGCAGAAGGUGUACUUGAAGGCAUGGACACAAUGCUAAAUCGUGAAGAGCUUAUUUUGAUGGAAGAGAUGGCGUUGAGUGUGGUAAAUUCAAAUUAUCACAAUGUUCUUAAAGUUGGUCAACAGAUAUCAUGCAAAUUAUCUUUUAUCAUGCCAUUGUUGGAAAACUUGAUUAAAGAGGGGCACCACAUUUUAAUAUUUUCACAGACUCGAAAGAUGCUGAAUCUUUUGGAGGAAGCAAUUUUAUCUGAGGGAUACAAAUUUUUACGAAUUGAUGGAACUACCAAAAUAUCUGAUAGAGAGAAGAUUGUUAAGGAUUUUCAAGAGGGCUGUGGGGCGCCUAUAUUUUUGUUAACCUCACAAGUUGGAGGACUGGGCCUGACUCUUACCAAAGCAGAUCGUGUCAUUGUGGUUGAUCCAGCAUGGAAUCCAAGCACUGACAACCAAAGUGUUGAUCGUGCUUAUCGAAUUGGGCAAAAAAGAGAUGUACUUGUUUAUAGGUUGAUGACUUGUGGAACUGUUGAAGAAAAGAUAUAUAAAAUGCAGGUUUUCAAGGGUGGCCUUUUUAGGACAGCUACAGAGCAGAAGGAACAAACUCGGUACUUCAGCCCGAGGGAUAUGCGGGAGCUUUUUAGUUUGCCACCACAGGGAUUUGACGUUUCCUUAACACAAAAGCAGCUGUAUGAGGAGCAUGAUCAGCAACACACUUUGGAUGACGAAAUGAAGAGUCAUAUUGAGUUUCUAAGGAGUCUGGGAAUUGCCGGUGUUGGUCAUCACAAUCUGCUGUUCUCUAAGGCCUCAACAAUACCAUUUACAGAUAAGAAUAACGACUCGGAGAGUCUCAAGGGAAAUAGCAUUGUUCGGAGCUCUCAAUCAAAUCCAUCCGUUGAAUGUGUAGUUAAUGGUGCGGAGUUUGCUUUCAACCCAAAGGAUGCAAAGUCAUUUUUGCAGGCAGGUAGUUCUCGUGUUCAAGAACCGAAAGAAAAACCUGAAGUGAUUGCGGAAAGGAUACUUCGUCUCUCUCAAACCCUUGAAAACAAGGCAAUGGUUUCAAAACUGCCAGAUCAAGGUGAGAAACUGCGUAAGCAAAUUUCAGAUUUGAAGGCUCAGCUCCAAAUAUUAAGAGAUUCUCCUACUAACCAACCUUCUGAGAGGAAGCCGCAUCAGGUUUUUGAAUUGGAUGACCUGUCGCAUGAUUUGCAAAGGAUUGUCAAUUUAACGCUACCCCCAAAGGAGUAAAAAGCGGCUGAUUCUUCUUUGGAACUACAGGUAGGCCUUGAGGGAAUUCUCUUGCAUAUAUAUUAUAUAUAACAUAUGGUAUGAGGCGGUGAAAUGUUAUGCAGUGGACAAUGUUGGUAAAAAAUAUGCCAAUUUAUGUCGGUCAAAAGCACAUUUCUGAUGUUCUUUUGAGCUUGAAAAUUUUGUAGUUCAACUAACUCAAUUGAAAAUUUGUAGUUCAACUAACA